CGUUCGCUUCUGCCAAGCCAUGCCACGAUGAAUUGAACUCGCUGAAGCUAACUGAGACUGGCAGGACUGUCUUCGCCCGGGGAGCUUCGAGUUUUCAGUUAGGGAAAGUCGCUUUCUUUCCUCAUAUAUAUCGAAGCACAGCGAAGACUGAUUCCCUCUGUUAUCCUGCUGGAAAUACAUCUACUUAAGCUACCAUCAUUACUUCUAAAAGUAAAGAAUUGCUGGAUUUGGCUUCUCGGGUCUUCCGAAGGAAGCGCCUGGUCGCGGCACUGGUGAGCGUGAUCAUGGUGCUGUUCCUCCUUGUUGCUAUCCCACUCGUGGUCCACGGUACGAAAGCCGCCGCCCACUACGAGAUGCUGGGAACUUGCAGGAUGAUCUGCGAUCCUUACAGCCCCCAACACGGGAACUCGGCCGUGGAGGCCAUGCAGGAUUUUAGUGCCAUCCCUCCACCUCCCUUCAUCCAAGGGCCAAAGGGAGAACCCGGACGGACAGGGAAACCCGGGCCAAGAGGUCCUCCAGGUGAGGCCGGUCUGCCGGGUCCAAGGGGACCGCCGGGAGAGAAGGGUGAUCUGGUCAAGUCUGGCUUUCCGGCGCUGACUGCUUCAGGGGGGCAGGUAACUGGAGCGCUGAGUGCCACCGCUCUCACUAGUCCCAAGAUCGCAUUUUAUGUCGGCUUGAAAAGUCCGCACGAAGGCUACGAAGUCCUUAAGUUUGACGACGUGGUCACAAAUUUGGGAAACUACUACGAUUCGACCACUGGAAAGUUUACGUGUGCGGUGCCCGGGAUUUACUUCUUCACGUACCACGUCCUGAUGAGAGGAGGGGACGGGACAAGCAUGUGGGCAGACCUCUGCAAAAACGGCCAGGUCCGUGCCAGUGCGAUUGCCCAAGACGCAGACCAGAACUAUGAUUACGCCAGUAAUAGUGUGGUUCUUCACCUGGACUCUGGAGAUGAGAUUUAUAUCAAACUAGACGGCGGGAAAGCACACGGCGGCAACAAUAACAAAUACAGCACUUUCUCGGGUUUCAUUUUAUAUCCAGAUUAAGUAAUAUAGUCGAGGCAUUCCGAAAUCUAAAUUAGAUGUUAGUUAAAGACGUUUACAUGUCAAUGUUCGUGGUCAAUGGUUGCUUAAUUUUCGUUUCAGACUUUUUGUACCGAAUGCGUGCGUGUGGAUGUUUGAACUAUGAGUAUUCGUAAAUUAAGUUUACUUGGCACAUGCGUUCUGGUUUCCAACAAUGCUUUAAAUCAGGCACGUAUCAACAGUUCUUGGGAAGAUGGAGCAUAAAACAAAAUUGGACUGUUUCCAUCCCGGGUACUGAAUAAUGUGAAAUGACAUAUCAUAUGUAUAUGCCUUUGUACAUUCAAUACCUUUUUGAUCGUAACAUCUCAAGUCUUUGAUGUAUUGUACCAUCAUUAAAUGCCAUUUCCCACAGGAUUUUGCUCUGGUCAUUUGCAUGCAAUAAAGGUCGUGAUCAAUGAUGGUCAAGUUGGAGUGGCUUGAUGGCCUAUCCUUGCUCCGAAUUCUCACGUUCUUAUAAUACUGUUACACUUCUGCAGUUUAGCUUUCACCAUUUAUCCACGCAUUUUCUGUCAUUUAUAAAAGUAUGGAACUUAAAUAUUUGUAUCUCUUCUGUUUCAAGGGCUGCCAAAACAUUUCUACACAUAUAUUAAUCACACAUUUCAACAUUGCCUUUCCUUUCUGUGUCAUUUGAAAAGACCUUCUAAGUGACCUGACUAAGUAUUUCAUCAAUCAAUCUGGAUUUCACCCAAUGACCAAAUAGUGACUAAUGUGCUGAUGUCAAGGAUGAUUAAAAGUCAUGACCAUAUUGAUGUUUUUGGAUGUUUUAAACAACUGUC